GGACACGCUAGGGUUAGGGUAGAGUCACUUGAUUCUAGCAUCUACCUAAUAUAUACGCUAGCCGCGGAUCCACACAGUAUAUGCUGUGCGGCUGUGUAACAGUAGUGAAGAAGACCUCCAGUGAGUGUGAGAGACCAAGUAUCUGUCUCCAUGGGUCUGGAGGAUUGAACAGGACCCAGAGCCCCAUCACGGUGCGUCCACCUCACUCACUGAUACUUGAGAGAGACAAUGAGCAGAAGAUCCUGGAACUCACCAACAAGAUCAUUCAGCUGCUGACUGGAGAGGAGUGGGAGUAUAUGCAGGGACAUAAGGAUCUGUACAAGGACGUGAUGAUGGAGAAUCCCUGUCCGCUCAUAUCACUAGAUGGACCCAGUAACAGAGAUACCCCAGAGAGAUGUCCCCAUCCUCUGUAUUCACAGGAUUGUACAGAGGAGAGUCACAGGAUCCCACAAGAGUAUCAGGGUGAAGGCCACUUAAAUAACAUUAAGGUCGAAGACCUUAAGGCAGAAGAAAUAGAGGGAGAAGAAGAGACAAAUGUCACUGAUAUUAAGGUAGAAGAUAUAGAGGGAGAAGAAGAAACGUAUGUCACUGAUAUAAAGGCAGAAGAUAUAGAGGGAGAAGAAGAAACGUAUGUCACUGAUAUAAAGGCAGAAGAUAUAGAGGGAGAAGAAGAAACGUAUGUCACUGAUAUAAAGGCAGAAGAUAUAGAGGGAGAAGAAGAAACGUAUGUCACUGAUAUAAAGGCAGAAGAUAUAGAGGGAGAAGAGACAAAUGUGUCUGAUAUUAAGGUGGAAGAUAUAGAGAAAAAAGAAGAAAUAUAUGUGAGAGGUCAUCAGUGUAAGGAGGAGGAAAUCCCUACAGAUAUCAGCACAGAUGGACAUAAAGCAAGGAUCACCUCGGAGGGACAUCUCGAUUGGUCCCCAGAUUGUAAAUCAGAAGAUAAGAACAUCACGCAAGGGUCUCCAGAAGAAAAUCGCAUUUCCCUUAAUAUACAUCCAGCACCUCACAGUGCAGAGAUAUCUGAUCCCUCUGUUCUUGAGGAAUGUUCUGGUAACUCACACAUUGCUGCACAUAAUACAAAUCAUGGUGGUGAUACAAUAAUUACCUCUUCUGAAUGUGGGAAAUGUUUGACACACAAACUAACUCUUGUUAGACAUAAGAAAACUCAUACAGGUGAAAAAAUAUUUCCGUGUUCUGAGUGUGAAAAAUGUUAUACACGUAAAUCACAUCUUGUUUCACAUCAAAGGCUUCAUACAGGUGAUAAGCCAUUUCAAUGUUCUGAGUGUGGAAAAAGUUUUAGACAUAAAUCAACUUUUGUUAGACAUGAGAGAUGUCACACAGGUGAGAAACCAUUUCCAUGCGCUGAGUGUGGGAAGUGUUUUAGACAGAUAUCCGCUCUUCUCAUACAUCAGAGAAGUCACACAGGUGAGAAGCCAUUUCCAUGCUUUGAGUGUGGGAAAUGUUUUACACGUAAAUCAGAUCUUGUUACACAUCAGAGAUGUCAUACAGGUGAGAAUUUACUUACAUGUUCUGAGUGUGGGAAAUGUUUUACACACAAAUUAGCUUUUGUUAUACAUCAGAGAAGUCACACAGGCGAGAGACCAUUUCCAUGUUCUGAGUGUGGGAAAUGCUUUUCAAGUAAAUCACAUCUUGUUACACAUCAAAGACUUCACACAGGUGAGAAACCAUUUCCAUGUUCAGAGUGUGAGAAAUGUUUUACACGUAAAUCACAUCUUGUUACACAUCAAGCACUUCAUACAGGUGACAAGCCAUUUCCAUGUUUUGAAUGUGGGAAAUGUUUUAGACAGAAAUCAACUCUUAUUACACAUGAGAGAAGUCACUCAAGUCACUCAAGUGAGAAGUCAUUUCCAUGUUCUGAGUGUGGGAAAUGUUUUUCAUGGCAGUCAAGUCUUGUUAUACAUAAGAGAAGUCACACAGGUGAGAUAAAAUUUCCAUGUUCUGAGUGUGGGAAAUGUUUUAUACAUAAAUCACAUCUUGUUAGACAUCAAAGACUUCAUACAGGUGAGAAACCUUUCCCAUGUUCAGAGUGUGGGAAAUGUUUUACACGUAAAUCACAUCUUGUUACACAUCAAAGACUUCAUACAGGUGAGAAGCCAUUUCCAUGCUCUGUGUGUGGGAAAUGUUUUACACAAAAAUCACAUCUAGUUAUACAUGAGAAAAGUCAUACAGUUGAGAACCAGCUAUUCUAACAGCAGAAACUCAGUUAAAUUUCCUCGAGUUGAUAUACAUGAAACCAUGUUUCAUUAAUUAUGUGUAUAUACACCAGUCAGCCCUAACAUUAAAACCACUGACAGGUGAAAUGAAAAACAUUGAUUUUCUUGUUCCAAUCUACCAAUAACAGGAGCUGAUAGACCAAAUUGUUAAUCAUCUUAAAAAAUCCACUUAAUGAUAACUACAGCUGCAGUUAGGGAGGCCUAAUCCGGGAUUCAAUCCCGGGAUUGGAAGCUCCAAUCCCGGGGAUUGAGGGAUCAGCGUUGAGCGUCCUGAGCUCAGAUGCUGCCCAGCUUUCUCCCCCCGGCUCCCCAGCGCAGCAUGACAGGCAGUCAGAAAUCACGCUGCGCCGUCACACGCCACUGGGAGCCGCCGGGUGAGAGCAAAGUACAUGUCCCACCCGCCCGCCCCUGGUGUAUGGUGAAUUAUGUGUGCAGAGGGGGCGGCCACACAGGAAAAUGCCAAUCCCAGGAAUCCCGGGUUUGACCAUUUUUCAAUAGUGAUACCCGGGAUUGGCCUCCCUAGCUGCAGUAGCACAAUGGAGCCCAUGGAAGCUCAAUGAUACUUAAAAAAGUAUGCAAAACCAAUAAAACAGGAUGGCAGUGCUGCUCUUUAAAAUGAAUUUGACAUGGCAUAAUCAAACAGUCAAAACAUAAAAUGAAUGAGUAUAGUUGAUGACUUACAUCAUAAAAAGGAGUAAAAUGUUACGUACAAAUCAAUAAGUAAAACAGUAAUAUUUAUACAUUAAUGUGGAUGGUAGAUUACUUAUCAAAUAUGUCUCUCCACUGACCAAUCCGGUGUGCUGGCUGCAGAGAUGUAUUAAAGUGGCAGAUAGGUAAAAUGACAAUUAAUAGCAUUGAUCCAUUAUUAUGAGGUGAACUUGUACCAGUCAUUUCUGGCAUUACUCAGGUGUUAAUGUUCUGAAGAUCUUAUAUUUCUUAGAUGUGCAGUCUUGUUUUGUGCGCUCCUCUGGAAUCCAGUUUAUUGUGCAGUUCCAUGCCCAAAGACUAAACCGAAGAUCCGGUACUUAUUCAGCUGGUGUAAUAACUAAAUGCCAAUUGCCUGGUCCCGUAUUGCUGUUGACUGGACCAUAUAAUAUGCUGCCAGCACACCCAUGGAGAGGCAGGUGAAUCCCAAUCUCUGACCGGUUUUGCUUCUAUAUGGAGCUUUAUCAACAUUUGACCCCUUUUUGUGAUGUUAGUCAUCAAUUAAAUAUUCAGUUUCAUCUUGUUACAGUGGCACCUGUCAGGGGGUAUCCAGACUUUAGGUCAACAGCACUUAGGUCGAUACUCAUUAGGUUGACAUGGCAGAGGUCGACACAUGAAAAGGUCAACAUGAGUUUUUCACUUUUUAUUUUUUUACAUAUUUUGAACUUUUUCAUACUUUACGAUCCACGUGAACUAUGAUUGGAAUAGCAAACCUUGCCCAAAGCAUGGCGAGCAAAGCGAUUGGGUUUCCCGGUAACUUUACGAAGAAAACAACACCAAAAAAAUAUAAAAAAAACUCAUGUUGACUUUUUUCCAUGUCGACCUAACGACCGUGUCAACCUAGUUACUGUCUACCAAUAGUGGUCGACCUAAUGACUGUCGACCUAGUUACUGUUGACCUUAUGAUCCACACCCCGUCAAGGAGUCUGAUAUACUAGGCAUUAAGUGUAAACAGUUCUUGAAGUUGAUGUGUUGGAAGCAUGAAAAUUGGGCAGACAUAAAGAUCUGAGCGACUUUAACAAGGGCCAUAUUGUGAUGGCUAGAUGUUUGGGUCAGAGCAUCUCCAAACCUGCAAGUCUUUAGGGGUGGUACCAGUAUGCAGUGGUCAGUUUCUACCAAAAUUGGUCCAAGUAAGGACAACCAGUGACGGGGUCAUUGCCACUCAAGGCUUAUUGAUGCGCAUGGGUAGCAAAGGCUAACUCUUCUGGUCCAAUCCCACAGAAGAGCUUCUGUAGCACAAAAUGCUGAAGAGUUCUUGCUACAAUAGUAAGGUGUCAGAACACACAACUUGCUGCAAAUGGGUAUGUGUAGUUGUAGAUCGGUCAAAGGGCUUAUGCUGACCCCUGUACACCACCAUAAGUGCCUACAAUGGGCACUUGGGUAUUAGAACUGGACCAUCGAGAAAUGGAAAAUGGUGGCUUGGGCUAAGGAAUAAUAUUUUAGUUUACGUAAUGUGGACAGGUCAAUGUAAUUUAAGGAUAUAACGGGAUAUACUGUCGGUGGAAGGCAAGCCGACAGAGGCAGUGUUAUGCUCUGACCAAUGUUCUGCUGGGAAACCUUGAGUACUGGCAUUCAUGUGGAUAUUACUUUGACAAGUAUCUACCUAAACAUUGUUGCAGAUCAGGUACACCCUUCAUGGCAAUAGUAUUGCAGAGACCUCUUUCAGCGGGAUAAUGUGCAUUGCCGCGCUGCAAAAAUUGUUCAGGAAUAGUUUAAGGAACAUAAAAUGAGUUCAAGGUGUUGACUUGGCCUCCAAAUUUCCCAGAUCUCAAUCCAAUAGAGCAUAUGUGGGAUGUGCUGGAAAAGCAAGUCUAAGCCAUGGAGGCCUCACAUUGCAACUUGCAGGACUUAAAGGAUCUGCUGCGAACGUGUUGGUGCCAAACACUACAGGACACCUUCAGAGGUCUUGUGUAGUCUGUUCCUUGACAGGUCAAAGCUUUUUUGUGGCACAAGGGUGACAUACACAAUAGGUCAGUGGUUUCAAUGUUACGGCUUAUGGGUAUAAAAGAAAACUCUAGUAAAGGUGCCUACACAUAGUGCGAUAUUUCUUCCGUUAUAUACUAUAUUGUCCAUAUUGGAAGAACAUAUAGUGCAUAUCGCACUGUGUGGAAACUCCUUGUAAUGCUGAUGCGCGGUCCUGCUGGAUUGGCAUCGCAAGGAAAAAUAGACUGUGCGGGCAGCCCAACAUUGACUACAUCGGUGGUGCCGGACUCCGGCCACAUCGAAUAGUCAAUGUCGGACAUUUCCUGCAUCGCGCCAUAUGUACCCGGCAUAACGUGUAUAUAGUUCCUUUUCCCAAUAUAAUUCAAAGAAUCCAUUUUGCACAUGCAAGGUUACUAUUCUAAGCAGCCAGUCACAUCGAUCCAUGCCCCAUUGGAGUUUAUAAUCUUAUUAUAUAUCUCACACCAGGUUAUAUUUUUGUCAGAAGCCACUUACUCUACCAGUCUGUUUUUAAACGUUGUGGGAGAAAACCAGAGUACCAGUGGUCAACCAUGCAGGCAUGGAGAGAACAUACAAACUUCACAUAAACAGGACCUUGGUGUGAAAUGUACCAGCAACACCAGUGUAGUAAAGUGUCAAUCUAACCACUAUGUCACCUUGUAUAGUAAAAGUUGUUAAUGUAAAUGAUGAAAACAAAUGUACAGAGUAUACUCAAAGCAGCGGAUUUGCCAGUUUGGAGGUUCCCCCUAACAUAAAACUUGUCCCCCAGUAGUGCUUUUGGGAGGAUAGGAGCUCAGCCACCCCCUCCGUUGUUCAUCACUAGCAACUGCAAAAGUUACCCUGAGCUACCAUGCAGGCAGAAGGGAUAGAGGGGGCAGUUUGAGCCAGAAGGUGGUACUACAUAGCAAAGGGUACAGGUCUGACUCUCUGCACCAUGGUAGAUAGAAGGUGGAGGAGCAGCUGCAUGGUAACCACUGGCCAGCCUGUAAGAGGGAGGGGAGUCACCAUAUUGUGUGUAUGUGUGAGCCAGUAUUUGUCUUCUCUGUGUGUCUAUGCAGAACUUUGACCCAAUGUAUGUGUGAGAACAUUCUGUGAGUGUGACUCUUAAUGUGUGUGGUGGCCUGCUGUCAGUGUAACUAUGCAUGUGUGAACUUACGAUGAGUGUAACUACAUGUGUGAUCCUGCCAUGAGCAUGGCCAUAUGUGUGAGAGCCUGCUUUGAGUGUAGUCCUAUGCAUGUGUGAGCCUGCUGUGAGUGGUGUAUGUAGAGCCGGAUUAGGGCAGGGAAGUAGGUACAGUUGCAGAAGGCGCCUCCAAUGUGUGCCACUACUAAAUGGCUCUGGUUGAAGGAUUUGUGCAUGGCCAGGAAGUCUACACUGAUAUGUCCUUGAAGAGGAAGUUUUUAGUGGGGGCACCUGAUUUCCUUUCUGCACCUCCAUGAUCAGGAAAUUCUGAACUACAUUAGAGAGAAUCCACUGCUUUGGCCUCCCAUAAAAGUAUGACACACAGUGUGCCACAAACAUGGUUUAAGUGUACGUACAUCAUUGUAUCUUUCUUUUACGUUAAAUUUGGACUUCCAAGAGGGACAGGCAGUACACCCUUUUAACUUGUGGAUGGUAGGUGGGGGGAACAAUGUUUGUUGUUUAAUCUGCAUCAAAUAAAUGGCCUCUCACAUUCCAGGAAACAACUGAGAAAUUCCCUGUAGUAACUGCAUAUUCUGUAGCAUUUCUUUUAGCCUACCACUGUUAAGCAGGUUGUUUGCCAUUUCUCCCCAGCUGAUUUGCUGAAUCCCAUAGACACAAUACUCCAAUGACCACCGGCACAUUCAUCUUUGCUCAUUUCACAUGUCAAAGGGGCCCAGCGAUCUGGUCCUCACAGCUUCCGGGCUUGCAGAUAGCUGAUUUGUUGUGGACUCAUACUAGGUCUGUCAUUCGCUGUCUUCUGUGUACACAGAGAUGUUCAUUAUCAUAUUGCACAUGUCUUACCUGUCUCCACAUAGGAGGUCAAUCAUUGGGCUCUCAACUCAUGACUACUCUACAUGUGGUUUGGCCAAGGCUGACUAACUCCAUUGUCUAUGGUCCUGCCAAUUACAGGUUUUGGUAAAAAGUACAUAUUUACUCUCAGGAACACUUGGUACUAACUCCAGAAUGGGCACUGUUUGGCAUUCUCCCAAAAUCUUCUGAUCUCAAGGAGGGGCAGACGGCUGCUGUUGGCAGUCAGUGCAUCAAUUUGCAAAUCAGUUCUACGUAGGGAGGCCAAUAUCGGGAUCCCGGGAUUUAGGGCCAAAAACGUCUGGGAUUCAAUCCCGGGAAUGGAAGGUCCAAUCCUGGGGAUUGAGGGUCCAGCGUUGAACGUCCCCAGGACGCUCAGACGCUGCCCAGCGUCAUUCUUCCAGCUCCCCAGCGCCGCCGCUGGGGAAGAGAGAGACACUGUGGAGUUGCCCGCCCGCGGUAUACGGUUAGUUAUGUGUGCGGGGCGAGGGGGUGGCCACAUAGUUAAAAGCCAAUCCCGGGAUUGCCCAUUUUUCAAUCCCGAUACCCGGGAUUGAAAAAAUGGACCGGGAUUGGCUUCCCUAGUCCUACAGGUGUGGAUAGACCUUGAACCCCCAGCCAUGUCCCUUUUCAAAAUAAAAUUGUUUUACUUUUUCUGCAUAGAGUGGGUGGGGGUUACGCUACAGAACCAAGAGGUUUUUCGCGGUGUGGGAAAGCUUCAUAGCAACCCUGUCAGCAGCCAUACAAACUGACAUUCAUAAAUCUCCGUGCAGUACCUCCUGGUAUUUUAUGUGCAUGGUGGAGGGUGACCCUCCUAUUACUGUGUGAUCUUGGUGGGCAAGGGGUGAGCACGGUGAUGUUUAAUUAUUGCAUUUGUGUUUAUGGGCCUGACACUGCCAAUUUUCUGAAACAUUCUUAUACAUUUUGUUCUCUUUUCUGCUCAUUGUUCCCUAUGGCUUUUGGAAGCAUCUUGGCAUGUUCUGUCUGGAUAUGUAUGAUUGUAUACUUGAUUCAUCUGCCUUCUAGAAUGUUUUAGAAUUUUCCUUCACUUGUCACUGGAUUAUUUUCUGUACCUGUCUCUGCAGUGUAAUGCUUUGGAUUGGGCCCUGUGGGAAUAUCUAAUUCUAUGUACAAUAACUUGUUGAGUUUCUACUACUGAUUGUAUCACUCAUUGCUUUAAUAAAAUUAUUGUUUUUUUUAAA